UUCGCUGCAUAAAUUGCUUUGUUAUUGCAGUUAUAGAAAUUUGACAUCGUUUUCUUUACUAAAAAAUUGAAAUAGUUCUUUUUCUGGAAAACUGUGCUAAUUUACAGAAAUCACAGCUCUUUGAGCGCAAUCGUUAAUGGUCUAACGAAAUACAAUAAAGACAUUGCUUGUACUUUGUCAUCAAAACAGCAUUAUGGAUAUCCAACAAUUGGAAAUAUUGUGCAAGCAACUGUAUGAAGCCACAGACGCCACCAUUCGAGCUGAUGCUGAGAAAAGUCUCGUAUCCUUUGUGAAUAGCCAGGAUGCCUUACCAAAGUGCCAGCUGCUGUUGGAUCGAGCUGAUUCAAGCUACGCCCAACUGCUUGCUGCAUCAACCCUAACUAAACUAAUACAGGGUAUCACUUUGACACAGCGCAUUGAUAUUCGCAGCUAUGCUCUUAACUACUUGGCAACCAGACCAAAUUUGCAGCACUUUGUGGUUCAAGCACUGGUCACGCUGCUAGCGAAGAUCACAAAGUAUGGUUGGUUCGAUUCAUACAAAGGUGAAUUGAUCUUUCAGAACCUGCUUGAAGAUGUCAAAAGGUUCUUACAGGGAUCGGUUGAGCAUUGUACAAUUGGUGUACAGAUUCUCUCACAGCUGGUGUCCGAAAUGAAUUCAAUUGUCGAGUUGGAUGCACAUCUAUCAUUUUCCAAAAAUCGAAAGAUUGCCACAUCCUAUCGAGAUCAACAGCUGUUCGACACUUUCCUACUCUCCUGCUCGCUGUUGGAUACAGCGCGCGACAAUAGCAAGAACUUGAAUUUUAUGGACGAAUCACAACAAGCUUUAAUAUCACAAGUGUUACGUCUUACAAAGAAUUGCUUGAGCUUUGACUUUAUUGGCAGCUCUACAGAUGAAUCAGCUGAUGAUAUGAACAAUGUGCAGAUACCGACAGCAUGGCGUCCGGCUUUUCUUGAUUCCAACACAUUAAAAUUGUUCUUCGAUUUAUAUCAAAUAUUACCGAAUGGUUUAGCGAGUUACUCACUAUCAUGCCUAGUGCAAAUGACAUCGGUUCGAAGAUCUCUAUUUAGUAACUCGGAGCGAACAAAAUUUUUGACCCAUUUAGUUGAGGGUGUCAAAAAUAUACUCACCAAUUUACAUGGACUUAGUGAUCCUGAUAAUUAUCAUGAGUUCUGUCGUCUGCUUGCCCGUCUCAAGUCCAACUAUCAACUGGGUGAACUUAUUGCUGUUCCUUGUUAUCCCGAAGCCAUAGAACUGAUUGCAAAAUUCACAGUACAGUCGUUACAUAUGUGGCUCUUUGCUCCAAACAGUGUCCACUAUUUGCUUACGCUUUGGCAGCGUAUGGUUGCGUCAGUGCCAUAUGUUAAAUCGCCGGAUCCGCAUUUACUUGGCACAUACACUCCGGAAGUGGUUAAGGCGUACAUUGAGUCUCGCCUGGAUGCUGUGCCUUUAAUUGUUCGUGAUAAUAUGGAGGAUCCAUUAGAUGAUCUUUGCAUGGUGCAGCAACAACUCGAGCAGUUGUCGGUUAUUGAACGUUGCGAGUACAACAAGACGUGCAAUUUUCUAGUGCAGCACUUUGAUCAAAAAGCACGAGAAUACGAAAAUCUAAUACAAAUGCCAAAUGCCAACCCCACAGAUAUCACUGUACAUGAGCUGCAGUUAACGUGGUUGGUCUAUAUAAUUGGCUCGGCCAUUGUUGGCAGACUUUCAGUAACAACCAGCGACGAACAUGACAAUAUGGAUGCCGAGCUUGUGAUUCGUGUAUUGCAAUUAAUGAGUUUAACUGACUCCCGUCUACCGCAGACCGGAUGUGAGAAGCUAGAGUUGGCAAUUCUAAGUUUCUUAGAUCAGGUUCGCAAGAUGCACAGCAGUGACCAAGCUCAGAAAGCAACUGUAUAUAAGCGACUAAGCGAAGUAUUUGGAUUGAAUGAUGAACAAAUGUUACUCAGUUUCAUCAAUCGUAAAAUUAUAACUAACCUUAAAUUCUGGGGUCGCUCUGAGCAAAUAAUAACAAAAACAUUAAUGUUAUUGUCGGACCUUUCGGUGCACUUUAAUUCAGUGCGUAAAUUGGCACGUUUAGAAGAAGUCCAAUUCAUGUUAACACAUCACACAAGCGAACAUUUUCCCUUCCUUGGUACGAGUUCGUCAUUGAACGAAAUGCGUUGUCGCACAAUGUUUUACACUUCGCUCAGUCGCUUAUUAAUGUUUGAUUUGGGCGAGGACGAAGAGCGUUUCUACAAUUUCUUAACACCACUCACAAAUCAAUUUGAAUCACUUGGCAAUGUGUUAAUGGACACCAAAUGCUUUCCCAAUGAUGAAGUGAAGAAGGCGAUUAUUGGUCUAUCGCGAGAUUUACGUGGUCUGGCAUUACCUCUUAAUGCUCGCAUUCAAUACACCAUGCUAUUUGAGUGGCUUUACUACACUGAUUAUUUACCAAUACUUCUUCGUGCUGUUGAGCUUUGGGCGCAUGAACCUGCCAUCACAACACCUGUGUUAAAGCUGUUUGCCGAAUUGGUGCAUUGUCGCACUCAACGUUUGGCUGGCAAUGUGUCUAGCCCAAUGGGCAUUUUAUUGUUUCGAGAGGCAUCAAAACUGAUCUGUAUUUACGGCAAUCGUAUUCUGCACCUUGAAGUGUCAAACGAUCAACUAUAUCCGAUGAAACUGAAAGGGAUAUCCAUAUGCUUUCUAAUAUUAAAAAAUGCACUUGGGGGUAAUUAUGUUAACUGUGGGGUAUUUAAAUUAUAUGGAGACGACACAUUACACAAUGUUCUUGACAUCAUCGCUCAGCUAAUUCUAUCUAUUCGCCAAAGCGAUUUGUUGGAAUAUCCAAAACUGGCGUCAGCAUAUUACAAUUUAUUGAACUGCCUAUCUCAAGAUCAUGUCACAUAUCUUGCUGCUUUUGAACCUCGUGCGUUUGUCUACAUUCUUGAAAGUUUGACGAAGGGACUUGCUGCCUUAGAUUCAGCAAUUUACAUCAGCUGCUGCACCAUUUUGGAUAGCAUCGUUUCGUAUAUCUUCAAGCAACUGCAAUUGAAAAUUUCAACAUUCCCCAAUAAGAAGCUACGUAGAUUGACACGUGAAAAUUCACAGUUUCUUAAGGUGGUUGAAUUGAACUCGGAGUUGUUACAAAGUAUGAUGUCAUCUUUGUUAAACAAUGUACUCGCUGAAGAUGGUAGAAACCAAUGGUCCAUGUCUCGUCCACUUUUGGUACUUAUUCUGCUUUAUGAGGACUAUUACCGAUCAUUAAAAGAAACAAUAAUACGAACACAGCCUGUAGAGAAACAGCAAACAAUGGCUCAGUGGUUUGAGGACCUAAUGCUUGGCAUAGAGCGUAAUGUGUCCAGUAAAAAUAAGGAAAAGUUUACGCAGAAUUUAUCAACGUUUCGGCGAGAUGUCGUUAAUCUACCAAAAUCGACGACGUACUCUACAGAGAAUUCAUACCAGGUGUAUACUGAAACAAACUACUCAAUAUCGGUAUAACUGUUGGAUUUGGAUUUUGUUUGCUUACAUCUACUGGUGUUACCUGUCAACAAGCUGUCAUAACACAAUUUUAUUAACAUUAUCUUGUAUUUGUAUAUAAGUAACUCAU